UGCCAUUUUGGUUUUGUUCCGUGUGCUGAAGUGAAAGCUGAAACGCGAUUAGUUAGACGGCGCAGGGAGAAGUGAGCACGGUGACUCGGCAGGAUAGCGACGGCGGGACUUUCUCGCACUAUCUCAGCGACAGAAAAAAAAGAAAAACGGCGACAUUGUGGUAUUGCUCUUCGUUGUUUUUUUGCUUUUUUUUAAACACCAGCAGCUCGCAUCGUCGACGUUUCUCACGCGGAUCGGUUUUGCCGACACUGAGAGUGGACAGAGAGAAGGGUUAUUGAUGUCCAGCUCGCCGCUGUCCAAGAAGCGUCGCGUGUCAGGAUCAGAGACGAAGACGGGAUCCCACUGCUCCUCCUCAAACUCUGUCAGAACCGAACUAUCCCACACACCAGCUAACGGCAUGGCUAAGAAUGGAAAUGAUGCUGAGAUUGAUGAAGGCCUGUACUCCAGACAGCUGUAUGUGUUGGGUCAUGAUGCGAUGAAGCGCAUGCAGAGCUCCAACGUGCUGAUCUCGGGACUGCGUGGACUAGGUGUGGAGAUUGCCAAGAAUGUCAUUCUCGGUGGAGUCAAGAGCGUCACUCUGCAUGACGAGGGAGUGGCCGAAUGGCGAGACCUCUCCUCACAGUUUUACCUGCGUGAGGAAGACCUGGGGAAGAACCGUGCUGAGGUCAGUCAAGGGAGGCUGGCAGAACUCAACAGCUACGUUCCUGUGACAUCUUACACUGGAGCUCUCACCAAUGACUACCUGAUACAGUUUCAGGUGGUGGUGCUGACCAACUCUGCACUUGAUGAACAAAAGCACAUUGGUGACUUCUGCCACAGCAAAGGCAUCAAACUGAUCAUUGCUGACACACGUGGACUGUUUGGGCAACUUUUCUGUGAUUUUGGAGAUGAAAUGACUGUAUAUGACACCAAUGGAGAGCAGCCUCUAAGUGCCAUGAUCUCUAUGAUCACAAAGGACAGUGCUGGUGUGGUGACCUGUCUGGAUGAAGCGAGACAUGGUUUUGAGAGUGGUGACUACGUCACCUUCACAGAGGUGCAGGGUAUGACAGAACUUAAUGGUUGCCAGCCAGUUGAAAUUAAAGUCCUUGGCCCCUACACUUUCAGUAUUUGUGACACCACAUCUUUCUCUGACUAUGUGAGAGGAGGUAUUGUGACACAGGUCAAGAUGCCCAAGAAAGUGGCUUUUAAACCAUUUUCGUCAUCGAUAUCGGAGCCCGAGUUUCUGCUCACUGACUUUGCUAAGUUUGAUCGUCCCGGUCAGCUGCAUGUGGGCUUCCAGGCUCUGCAUGCCUUUGAGAAGAAACACGGCCGUUCUCCCAAACCCUGGAACCAGUCAGAUGCAGAUGAGCUGGUUUCACUUGCUGGGGAGGUGAAUGCAGCUCAGUCUGGCUCUGCCAAGCAGGAGGAGCUGGACCAGGCACUGCUGAAAAAGCUCUCCUGUGUUGCAGCUGGAGACUUGGCUCCAGUCAAUGCCUUUAUCGGUGGGCUUGCUGCCCAGGAGGUUAUGAAGGCAUGCACAGGCAAAUUUAUGCCCAUCAUGCAGUGGCUGUAUUAUGAUGCACUGGAAUGUUUAUCUGAAGCUGAGGAGGAACUUCUCACAGAGGAGGAAUGUGCACCUAGAGGCUGUCGAUAUGAUGGACAAAUUGCUGUUUUUGGGGCCAAGCUGCAAGAACUGUUAGCCAAACAGCGCUACUUUUUGGUGGGAGCAGGAGCAAUUGGCUGUGAACUACUAAAGAACUUUGCUAUGAUGGGUCUGGCCAGUGGGGAGGGUGAAGUCAUUGUUACUGACAUGGACACAAUUGAGAAAUCAAACCUCAAUCGUCAGUUCCUUUUCAGGCCGUGGGAUGUCACGAAGAUGAAGAGUGAGACUGCUGCUGCUGCCGUGAAGCAGAUGAAUCCAUCUAUCCGUAUCACAGGCCAUCAGAACCGCGUUGGGCCCGACACAGAAAAAAUCUAUGACGAUGAUUUCUUCGAGAGCCUGAAUGGAGUGGCCAAUGCCUUAGACAACGUGGAUGCGCGUAUGUAUAUGGACCGCAGGUGUGUGUACUACCGUAAACCUUUGCUAGAGUCUGGGACUCUGGGCACUAAAGGGAAUGUACAGGUAGUGAUCCCCUUCCUCACAGAGUCUUACAGCUCUAGUCAGGAUCCCCCAGAGAAAUCCAUCCCCAUCUGCACGCUGAAGAACUUCCCUAAUGCUAUUGAACACACACUCCAGUGGGCUCGUGAUGAGUUUGAGGGUCUUUUCAAACAGCCUUCUGAGAAUGCCAUGCAGUAUUUAACAGACCCAAAGUUUAUGGAACGCACAUUGAAGCUGCCUGGUGCCCAGCCUGUGGAAGUCCUGGAGGCUGUGUAUAAGAGUCUGGUGACUGACUGUCCCCGGGGCUGGGAGGAUUGUGUAGCUUGGGCACGCAACCACUGGCAGUGCCAAUACAGUAACAACAUCCGCCAGUUACUGCACAACUUCCCUCCUGACCAGCUCACAAGCUCUGGAGCACCUUUCUGGUCAGGACCCAAAAGAUGUCCUCAUCCUCUAGAAUUUAGCACCAGUAAUGAUUUGCACAUGGACUAUGUCAUUGCCGCAGCCAACUUGUUUGCCCAGACGUAUGGCCUGCAAGGCUCCACUGACCGCGAAGCUGUGGCCAAGCUGUUGCAGAAUGUCAAAGUACCAGAGUUUACCCCUAAAUCCGGCGUUAAAAUCCAUGUAUCUGAUCAAGAGCUGCAGAGCGCCAACGCCUCAGUGGAUGACUCAAGGCUUGAGGAGCUGAAAACCCUCCUGCCUUCUGCAGAGGCAGCAUCCCAGUUCAAACUCUGUUCCAUAGACUUUGAAAAGGAUGAUGAUACAAACUUCCACAUGGACUUCAUAGUAGCAGCAUCCAAUCUGAGAGCAGAGAAUUAUGACAUUCCUCCAGCAGACAGACACAAGAGCAAGCUCAUUGCUGGUAAGAUCAUUCCUGCCAUCGCCACGACAACAGCUGCAGUAGUCGGCUUGGUGUGUCUGGAGCUGCUCAAGGUCGUUCAGGGUCACAAGAAGCUUGAGUCAUAUAAGAACGGCUUCAUGAACCUUGCCCUGCCUUUCUUUGCCUUCUCCGAACCCAUUGCUGCUCCCAAGCACAAGUACUAUGAUAUUGACUGGACGCUAUGGGACCGCUUUGAAGUGAAAGGUAUUCAGCCAAGCGGAGAGGAAAUGACACUCAAACAGUUCCUAGACUACUUCAAGAAUGAACACAAGCUGGAGAUCACAAUGCUCUCUCAGGGUGUGUCUAUGCUCUACUCUUUCUUCAUGCCUGCUGCCAAGCUCAAAGAAAGACUGGAGCUGCCCAUGACCGAGAUAGUAACGAAGGUGUCGAAGAAGAAGCUGGGGAAGCAUGUUAAAGCACUAGUGUUUGAACUCUGCUGCAAUGAUGUGACUGAUGAGGAUGUGGAGGUGCCCUACGUCAGAUACACCAUUCGCUGAGAGGACGUCCAAGGUGGAGGGAGGGAGGGGGGGGGUACUAGUGGAUUUGGAAAGUGGAUUAAAAAAUCAGAUGGUGCUUGAAACAAUGGGGCCCAAAAUUAAAAAAUUAAAACAUGAUCACAAAUAUGGACUAGUUAUUGACUUCAGAACUCAGUGUUUUAAAACCCAAGCUUGACCCCUGGGGUCAUACACCUGCAUUUUUAAAUGUUUCCUAGGCCUGUUGGCAUGGGUGAGUGGGAUUUGGGGGAGAUGGAUGUGAAUGUGCACCUUUGCGAAUGAGCGCUUUGACUGUAACUGUUAUUUAAAACUGGUUGUAAAGCUUCAGCAUACGAGUAGAUUAAAUAUGCUCAUCAGCACUCUCCCAGUGUUAAAAAAAAAAAAAAAAAAAAAAAAAAAUGAUGGCUCUGUUUUAACAGGUGUUUUGUUCCUUUUCCCACUCUGCUCUUCUCACUCUUUUCAUUCAUGAUGGGCAACAUCUGGCUUUGUUUUUAAACACUUUCAUGCAAAUGGUAUACAAUUGAAUGAUGCCAAAAAGAAAAUGCAAACUGGAAGUGAUGACAUUUAAAUGUAAGUGCUUUAAUCUUUUUCCUCACUUGCUGACAUCAUUUGAUACACUUCAUAGCCUUGACAUGGACAAUACAUAAUGGCACCUUAAACGCAAGCUGAUAAGGGAAGGUGUGGGUGGUGUUACUUGACCGGGUGCUAAUUCUGGUUAAUGUCUCAAGGCAUGUUGGUCCCCUCACUCUAACCCCUUUCUCCUCCAUGGGUCCAGUCGGUGUGUCUUAUUUGCUUCUCUGGCUUCUCUUUGGGUCAGGGAUAAGAACCUGCACAUAACUUGAGGAUCUUUUUUUGGGUUGUCAUGGCGCACACCUUGUAGGACAAACUCUAUUCUUUCUACUUUGUUAACCUCCAGGAAACAUUACAGUAAAAUGUGAUUUUAUUCUGUAAUGGGAGCACUUAGUCUAAUUCUGAUAGUGAAUAAAGUUGUAAAAGAU